UAUUGUUCCAUUACUAAUUUUCUCAACACAUCACACAAAUCGAUAAAACUUGUCAAGUAAACCCUCUUGGUCAGGCAAUGGUUGAUGAAGACACUUUCUGCAUGUAAAUGAAUGUUGCUUUUCUUUCUCUUUUGGCUCCAUGCCGUAAUGACAGCAUGUGAAGCCGGGUUCACACCAGAUUUCCAUAGCGCCAACUACUGUUUUCCAAGUGUGAACUUCACAGCCAAUAGCACCUUCGACACCAACCUGCGCACCCUCUUAUCCACUCUCACUUCCAACACAGAAAUCAACUACGGUUUCUACAAUUUCUUACAAGGCCAGGGCACAGACAAAGUAAACGCCAUAGGGUUAUGCAGAGGAGAUGUUAAGCCAGACGAGUGUCGCAGCUGCCUCAACUCCUCUCAAACCAAUCUCACACAGCUUUGUCCAAACCAGAAAGAGGCAAUUAAGUGGGAAGAGAAAUGCAUGGUGCGCUAUUCCAACAUCUCAAUAUUUCACACCAUGGAGUAUUCUCCUUCCUAUCAAAUGCACAACGUCAAUAAUGCAACAGAUGUGGAUGAGUUCAAUAAAGUGUUAGGUGGGUUACUAAGAAAUCUAAGAGACAAAGCUGCAGGAGGUGACUCUCGUCGUAAGUAUGCCACGGACACUGCAAUUGUUGCAAGUUUUCAAACCAUUUACGGUCUUAUGCAGUGUACACCUGACCUCUCAACCCAAGAUUGCGGUGACUGCUUGGAUUGGAGUAUCUCAAGUAUCCGAAAGCUUUCUAAAGACAGGGUUGGUGCCGUAGUUCUUCGACCCAGUUGCAAUGUUAGAUUUGAAAUUUACCCCUUCUACGACUCCACUACCAUAUUAGACCCUGCACUACCACCUGCAUCACCUUCACUCCACCCACACCAAGAAGAUCACAGCAACUAUUUGCGAACUGCAACCAUCAUAGUUCUGCCAACUGUUCUCGUUGUUCUUGUUCUGCUCAUUGUUAUUAGCAGAUACAUCAGAAGGAAAGCAAGGAAAAAUCUUCCAUCUGAAGAAGAUGGAGACGGUGAUGAAAUUGAAGUGGUUGAAUCAUUGCAAUUCAACUUGGACACAAUACUAGUCGCGACAAAUAACUUCUCUGAUUCUAAUAAAUUAGGAGAAGGUGGGUUUGGUGCUGUUUACCAGGGAAAGCUCUCUAAUGGACAAGAGAUUGCUGUCAAAAGGUUGUCAAGGAAUUCUGGUCAAGGAGACUUGGAAUUUAAGAAUGAAGUCAUUUUGUUGGCUAAGCUUCAGCACAGAAAUUUAGUCAGGCUUCUUGGUUUUAGUUUGCGAGGGAGAGAAAAGCUACUUGUUUAUGAAUUUGUUCCUAAUAAAAGUCUUGAUUUCUUCAUAUUUGGUAUUAUUAACCUUUUCUUGUUUUUCUCUAUUGCUUUAGUUCUGUUCAUGAAAAAGACCACCAACUAUACUAACUCUUCUGAAACUCAUUGCUUGACACAAAUAGAUCCAACAAAGAAAGCACAAUUGGAUUGGGAUACACUUUACAAAAUCAUUAAAGGCAUUGCUCGAGGUCUUCUUUAUCUUCACCAAGACUCACGAUUACGCAUUAUACAUCGUGAUCUCAAAGCAAGUAAUAUUCUCUUAGAUGAAGAAAUGACUCCUAAAAUAUCAGAUUUUGGUACGGCAAGAUUAAUUGUUGCAGAUCACACACAAGAAAAUACAAGCAGAGUUGUUGGAACCUAUGGAUACAUGGCACCAGAAUACAUAAUGCAUGGACAGUUUUCAGUGAAAUCAGAUGUUUUUAGUUUUGGUGUGCUGGUUCUUGAGAUUGUAAGUGGCCAAAAGAACCAUGGUGUUCGUCAUGAGAAGAAUGGGGAAGAUCUAUUGAGCUUUGCAUGGAGAAACUGGAGAGAGGGGACAGUUACAAGUAUUAUAGAUCAAGCAUUGAAGAACAGUUCACAAAAUGAAAUGAUAAGAUGCAUCCACAUUGGUUUACUGUGUGUUGAAGAAGAUUUAAACAAUAGACCAACCAUGGCUAACGUUGCACUCAUGCUCAACAGUUGUUCUAUCAGUCUCCCUGUGCCUAAAAAACCUGCAUUUUUGAUAGAUAGUGCAACUGAAAGCCUCCCAAACAUGUCAUGGGAUGAUAAUUCAUGGGCAACAAAAUCAACUCAAUCCACUGCAAGAUCAGCUCAGGAAUCAGUGAAUGAAGCUUCAAUUACUGAAUUAUACCCUCGUUAGAUUCUGGUCAGUGCUACACACACAUUCAUAAAACACUGAUGAAUGGUGGUACAAGGUUGUUGAAGCUAUGUAAUUUGUAUUUUUUCUAGUUUUUACUAAGGCUGGAUGUUUUCCUAUAAUUCAGUUUCUUUAAACUAACAAAUUAUAAG